CAGCUAUGACUAUCCUUCUUGAUCUCCCAAACGAAUUACUUCUCUCAAUCUUCACCUAUGCCGAUCCAGACGACCUCGUCAACUUCGGCGUCACGUGUCGGCACAUUUUCGCCGUAGGAGAAGGACCACUCCGCGAGCACAGAGCCCGCCUACAGAAAUACCACACGGUCACUUGCAGCGAUAUAGAGGAUGAAUGUGCUAGCUGGAACCUCAUGUACGAUGUCUUGCUCAAUCCUCCGGUGGCGCUCUACGUCCGAGAGCUCGAACUUGCCGCAGAGCGGAAAUCGGAAUGGGAAACGCAAGAGGAGUGGUACGCCGUGGCCAUGGAGCAGUCAAGAAACCUAGAUCCGGCCUGGCGCGAGCUUGUUUCGUACGGAAACGAUGGCUUGGUCAUUGAGUGUUUGCUUCCGCGCCUGCUACGCCUCCGAGAGUUGAGAUAUGCCCCUUGUGGGGAGAGCAGUCUGUUCCUCGACGCCGCGGCGAAAGCGGCUAGAAACUACAAAGAGGCUACUUUAGGAUCUAUUUCCCUAAAUUCUGUCCCAUUUCAGCAUUUGACUACCGUGUCCUUCGCACAUUGGGACACAGAAGGGUCCAUGAAUUAUGCCUGGUUACUUUAUUUCUCCCGCAUCCCCUCUGUGCGCUCGGUCAAAGGUCAUAUGGUCGGUUACGAGACCUACGACCUAGAAAAUCAGGCUCGCCUCGAGAGAGACCUCCUCCAAUCUAACGCGACUAGCCUCACGAUGUGGUACAGCGCUAUUGGUCUAAACGCUUUCAGAGCGUUGGUCAUGGGCAUGCCUAAACUUCGAAAUUUCUGCUACGAUCACGGCGGUGCAAUUGUAGAUGACUACGACUUCGAUGCCAAAGCCAUGUUCAAAAUCCUCUCAAAAUACACAAAGGAUUCGCUGGAAUCGCUCCAAAUCUUUGAUAGCUCAGAUAUUGGAUAUGAUGACCAGGAAACUCCCCACGCUUUGCUUUCGAAAUUCAAGAAGCUCCGCACUCUCGACACAGACUGGGACGCUCUCCUCCCAGAUCCAGACGAUGAUGAAGACGCUGCGCUCGACGACGUGGAACUAUCGCAAGGCUUUUUUGAGGAAGUCUAUAGCGCACCACUAGUGCCCGAGAUCGCUCGACUAUUGCCAUCGAGUCUUGAAGAGCUGAGCCUGCGAAAGUGCGGAAGUGACUGGUUUCUAGUGCUGAAAAGCUUGUGCGAGAAGAAGGAGGAGCAUUGCCCGAAGCUAAGAAAACUGACCUUCGCAAUCACGUGGGAAGACGACGUUGGAACGCAGGACGCGAAAGUGGCUGAGCUGAAGGAGGUAGCGAAGAAGUUCGAGUUGGAAGUGGAGAACUGUGAGGAGAACGAUUUCUUUCAACGAGGGAUGUUAGAAACUCUGGAAUAGCGUUUAGAGACACUUCCGUGACUCUUUGAAGAAUGCUAGGAUGUCUUCCCUAUCAAAAUUAGUGUGGCGCCUCUUACCUAGUCAUUAUUGGAAUGAAACAUCCCAAACAAUAUCGGAUGAGACAAGCUGUCUGAGACAAUCAUGUGCAAAGCCAUCUGUAGCCUAUAUUAGCUG